UUUACUGAUUUUAUAAAAAAUCAACCACAAGAACUAGGAAAAGCUUUAGGAGCAGUCAUUUGGCGAUCAAGAUCUGAGUUUAAAUUGCCAAAGUCUUUAUUAGAUAUUGCUACAGAAUGCAAUUCUGUUUCUGGUUAUAAAUUUAAGGUUGGAAUGUCUGAUUUUGCAAAUAAUAGAAUUCAAAAAUAUGAAGAUAUUUUUAGUAUUUUUUUUAACUCCAAUAAUAAAAACUAUCCUAAUAUUUAUGAAUUUUGGCAAGAAUUGAAAAAGAAUAUUCAAUUGGGAUAUAAGGUAUUUAAUCUAUCUGAUUCUACCAAAUAUCACCUUUUUAGUAAAACAUCUCAGAAUACUGAUUUAGGAUUUAAAAACCUAUUUGAAUGCUAUGAACGUGGUAUUAAACGUUUAGGAGAUAUCUAUAAGCAAGAUAUUGAGAAAUCAAAAGAGCAUAAUACAACAGGUCGACAUGCUCAAGAUGUUAUUGUAGAGACUUAUUUGCAAUAG